UCCCUCUGCAGAGGGCUGCUCGCUCCCGGUGCAACCGUGGCUUCCUGAGGGCCCCGGCGUCCGGCCCUGCGUCGGUCAGGGACCCGGUGGUUGCUCCUUAAAUAAAACAAAAAUCUAUCCAGUAAAAGGGCUUUCAUGAAGAAAUUAGCGAAAUUACAAGUAAUAGAGAAUGUAGGCAUUUGUAUAACUGGAGAAACCACCUAAAAUGACUGUAUGGAGUAAGACGAAAGGAAUGAUUACAUCUGGAAGAAAUUUUACUCAGUGUGAUAUUUUUGCCCACCUUUUUUGUCACAAUAGACUGCUAAGGAAGAGACGAUACAGUUUUCUAGAGGAAGAAAGAGUGUAAUGUGAAAAUGGAGAUCACAGUUUCUGAAAUACAAGUAGAAAGUAAGGAUGAGACAAGAUCAGCAGAAGUUAGACCUCAGGAUGAGAGGCAGGAGGAAAAAGCAUCGAUGCUCUGCUUCAAGAGAAGAAAAAAAGCAGCCAAAGCAAAGAAGCCCGAAGCCAGCUCUAAAGCUGCUGAUGCAGCAAGGAAGUGUCCCCCAGAAGCAGGAGCUUCUGAUCAGCCACAGCACCCCAGGGGGGCCUGGGCCUCAAUCAAACACCUUGUAACACGCAGGAAAAGGUCAGAGUCUUCAAAGCAGCAAAAGCCCUUUGAGGCUAAACUGCAAUCUGAAAUCAAUGCUGAGGAUGCUAAUCCUUCUAAGAAAAAAGCAAAAUCCAGACUCAAGAUUCCCUGCAUAAAAUUCUCAAAAGGAGAGAAAAGAAGUAAUCACUCCAAAAUCUUAGAAGACUCAGACCGCAGUGUCAAAGUCCAAGAGGCUGAAAAUCUGGUUACAAAAACUCUGACCCAAUCAGAUGACCAGGCAACAGAGAGCAAGUCGCCCCAGGAUGUAAGGGAAGAUGUCUCACAGAAAGGGGAUGAUGAGGUCUGUGAAUCAAAUGUGAAUAACAGCAUAACUUCUCCUGGAGAGAAAGUGAUUUCAGUAGAACUUGAGUUAGAUAUGGGUCAUUCUGCUAUUCAAACAGGAACUCUAAUCCUUGAAAAAGAUACUGAAAUGCUUGAGGAAAAACAAAGCAUUCAACCUCAGCAAGUGAGCCCCUUGGAAGCUUUAGACACAGAACAGGAGCUCCCAGUGGGUUCUGAGGUUCCUCCUUCGCCUGCAGUUCCAGAUCGACAAAUUCUGGAAGAAGCCAGAAAUGGUGUCCUAGAAAGUGGACCAGAUUGGAAGGAGCAUGAAAGUAGAGAGAUUGUUGUUGAGGAGAGUAAGCCAAAAGAUACUGAAUUGAGCCAGGAAUCAGAUUUUCAAGAAAAUGAGAUCACUGCAGAAAAACCCAAACCAGAAGAAAGCAAAAGAAUGGAGCCAAUUGCUAUUAUUAUCACAGACACUGAAAUCAGUGAAUUUGAUGUUAAGAAAUCUAAAAAUGUCCCUAAGCCAUUCUUAAUUUCAAAUGAAAAUGAGCAAGUAGGGGUUUUUGCUAAUGACAGUGGUUUUGAGGGUAGAACUUCAGAACAAUAUGAAACACUCUUAAUAGAAACAGCUUCUUCUCUUGUCAAGAAUGCUAUCCAGUUGUCUAUAGAACAGCUUGUUAAUGAAAUGGCCUCUGAUGAUAAUACAAUAAACAAUCGUCUACAGUGACAAUUUCUAGAUCAUGGGAGGGAAAAACAAAAGCUUAAUGGUUAAUUAUUUUACAUAUUUGUGGCGUUUCUCUUUUCAGUAACAAAUGAGAGAUUUAGCAUCUGUGGAAUUUAACCCAACACAAUUCCAACCCAGAAGUGCUAAAGAAUUAAUCAAAUUAUAAAACCCUCCCUACCACUGAAAUGCAGCCACUUCUGGAUUGGAGGAAGUCAGUACAAAUUGCAAUGAAAAGUGACAUCAGGGGAGUUGCUAAAAUGGUUUCUGGAGAUUAGAUUGCUUGGGAGAAGAUACAUUUAAUGAGUACGUGCAGUAUGCCAUAAGCUCUUUCAUGUCCUCUGAUGUCACAAAGCCUGGUUUCCUUUUGAUAGUUCAACACUGUGUAUAGGUUAACAUCGCAUUCUGUUUUCAACAACUUUUUUUUUUACAGUGCAGUUUUAUGUUAUUUGAAAUGAUGAAUAUGGUGAAUUGUUUUUGUGAAUGUGUGAUUUAUAGUAGUAAGACUACUGCACACUCCUAGGCAGUAGCCUUACCUGAAAACAAUACUGCAAACAAAUAUAUAUAUAUAUAUAUGUAUAUAUAUAUAUAUAUAUAGUUUGCUUAAACAUGAGUGGUUUUCUAGUCUUGCUCAAGUUCCUUACAAAAGCCAUUCACAAAUUACUUCAAACAGGCAAAUAAUUACCAAGUGCAAAGGUGUGGAAACAGGGAGUGCAUUUUCCGUCUCCAUCUUUCUUCUACCCCAGAUGGACCUGUGUAAAUCCACUUGUGCAAGAUCACCUACUGAAAACCUUAAAAAAAAAAAAAAAAAAAAA